UGCAAAGAGAGUCCGAUGCCAGCUGAUCAGCUGAUGGCUGAAUGAUGCAUCGAUCAUGGGGGAAUAAAAACAUCGAUCAAGUUUAAAAAGACAGAAACUCAACUACAGUGUUUAGUGGAAAACCAAGCCAAAUGGGAUUUGGCCGUUUCGGUGUGUAUAGCGUAUUAUGAAAGCUGUCUACUAUGCACCAGGUACAUGUGCGAUGACUGAGAUGCCCGAAGCAACAGACAUGUCGGAUACAGAAAUCCUCGUGAAAAACGAUGACGAAGAGACAGAGUGGGUCGGGGACCGGCUAAGGGCCAGCCGGCGCUGGAUCACCAUCGAGCCGGUAAUCUUCACGUGCCUGAUCGCCUACGGCACCAUCCAAACCCUGCGCACCGAGUACAUGCGCCUGCUGAUAUCCCGCGAGCACGGCGUGAACGGGACCGACGUGGACACGGGCUGCAGCGAGAACACCUCCAGCCCCGAGUACCGGCUGGAGCAGCGCAUCCAGUCCGAGACCUCGCUGCGCGUCAUGUACCUCCUCGCCUGCAGCGCUGGCCUGAACAUCCUCUCGGCGCCGCUUCUGAGCACGUGGAGCGACCACGCGGGACGCAAGGCGGCGCUGUUCAUCUGCAGCUUCGGGAUCUUUGUGAACUGCGCCGUCUACUUGGCUGUGACGGGCUUCCACCUGUCCGCGAAUUUUCUCUUCAUCGGCGAGUGCGCUCAGGGCCUGACUGGCAGUUUGAUCCUCGUUAUAGCGGUCUCGCUGGCAUACAUAGCGGACGUCACGACCAAGAACAGGCGCAUGUUUCGCUUCGUCGUCAUCGACACCACGCUGUUCUUCGCCAUCGCGGUCUCCCAGGUGGCCAUGGGAUACGUGGUGAAGUAUUUCGGGUUUGUCCCGCCUUUUGCGACGAUGUGCGCAGCUUGCGGGCUGUCAAUCCUAUACAUCGUGAUACCCCAGUUGCUGCUGGAGACGCGCGAGAAAGACACAAAUGGCUCUUCAGCCACGAAGCAGUUAUCGGCGAUGUUCAAGAGCCUCGUUGUGGUGCUUAGCGUCAAAGAGGGCAGCAGACAUAUCCGCCUUGCCCUCCUGAUUAUGACAAGUUUCUUCUUCACUCUAAUGUUCAAUGGAGCUAUGGGUACGUCGGUCUUGCUUGGGCUGGGCUCGCCCAUUUGUUGGUCUACAAUAACAGUAGGAAUCUUCACAGCUGUCACCUUGUUUGUAGGUUGCCUAGGACUCCUUGUCGGUGGGUUGACCCUUCCCCGUUGUCUCAAGGAACAUUGGAUCCUCUAUCUUAGCUGCUUGAGUUCCGUUGGCUGCUAUCUCCUGACGGGGUUCGCCACCUCGUCGCUCUUCAUGUUCAUGGCCAGCAUUAUUGGCUGUAUUCGGAACCUGCCUGGGCCAGUCAUUCGCACCAUGUUGUCCAAAGAAGUAUCUGAAGAUGAACAAGGUGUCAUUUUUGCAAUCAUUGGUGUCAUCGAAAGUGUGGCCAGUUUCGGCUCGCCACUAAUGCUAGGGGCGUUGUACGCAAAGACGGUGGAAUUCGACGGAGGACUAGCGUUUUUUGUUCUAGCGGCAAUCAACGUCGUACCGGUAGCACUUAUAAUGAUUCUGCAUGGCAUGUCAAUACGCAAAGGGAGGAUGGACAAAAAGAUUGCAAAGGAUUGCCCAACUCCAGUACAAGUAGCUGAAGACGUACCAGACCAGUCGACUUAGAUCCGUGUUCCUGUAUUUUUGAUAUGCAUUGUGGCGAGCGUCGUGUGCUACAUUAGUGAAAAUAUUGUUCAUGCCACUGAAACCGGAGAUACACGCUGGCUGGGUGGGCCAACAGACCAAGUGCCUGGCCCACAUCCCAAAAUUGUACAUACACCCAAAAAUCAAUGGCAAGUACAAAAAGACGGGGGUAAAAUAAAUCUUGAACAUGAUGAGGACGAAUUCUACAGAUGUGCACUGGCCCCGAGAACUUUAGAAUACGACGACUAAUGUAGUCACUGAAAGCCUAUGAAAAAUAAUAAUAAUAAUAGUGGGACAGUAUUUAUAAAGCGCACGUAUCCACCAGGACUGGUGCUCAAGGCGCUACAUCAUUAUUACCCCUGCUCAUUUGGGCCCAUGA